GGCACGCGCCAGUGAGCGCUGAGUGCGACACACCUACUAAAAAAUUCCACUGCUCACUGAAAUUAGAAUUAAUAAAGAUGUCUUUGGGAGGGGGAAGUUAUCAUAGCCCGUGGUCUUCCCAGACCGCUCUCUCCGAGUUAGAGGGAGCUAUGGGAGAACUGGAGCCUUUAGGUGAACUAGCAGAGGUUGGAUUUGAACCCCAAACGAGGGCUCGAUCGAACACGUGGCCUUUGCCCAGGCCAGAGAACUACGUUGACCCAGUGGAAGACGGGGGCUCCAAAAAGAAUUCUAAUCAGAAUCUUACUGGCGCGCCGCCGUUGCCAAUAGCAACGAAGAAAAAUUCCUCCCGCCGAAACGCCUGGGGAAACCUCUCCUACGCUGAUCUCAUUACUCAAGCCAUCACAUCAUCACAGGACAAGAGGCUGACUCUGUCUCAAAUCUACGAGUGGAUGGUCCAAAAUGUGCCAUAUUUUAAGGAUAAGGGAGAUAGCAACUCGUCAGCUGGUUGGAAGAACUCAAUUAGACAUAAUCUAUCCCUUCACAACCGGUUCAUGAGAGUACAGAAUGAGGGUACCGGGAAGUCUUCCUGGUGGAUGAUCAACCCUGAUGCCAAACCUGGAAAGUCAGUCAGAAGACGAGCACUCUCAAUGGAGACGUCGAAAGCAGAGAAGAGAAGAGGACGCGUUAAAAAGAAGCCCGAAUCAUUAAGGAAUGGAAUGACAGCUGACACAACGCCAAGUCCCAGUAGUUCCGUCUCUGAGAGCCACGACAUAUUCCCCGAUUCGCCAGUACCCAGUAGCACGAGUUUUCAGUUAUCGCCAGACUUCCGCCAGCGAGCUUCGUCUAACGCAUCAUCGUGUGGACGUCUCUCUCCAAUUCCAUCACUAUUACACACGGAACCUGAUUGGCAAACCGAUUACGGUUCUACGGAGUUUGGAUCAGCGGAUUUCGGAUCAGCGGAUUUUACAUCAAACACAGACUAUCAAGAUUUUACACAAGACGAAUUGGCUGGGACACUCGCUGAUUCCAUGAAGCUACACGGAGACCCUUUCUUGAAUACGUAUGUACCAACAACGUCAUCAUCGUCAUCGGGCGGUAAUUACCGGUUCGCAUACACGUGUCCUCGACACCCGCACGGCGGCUGCGCGUGCGCCUCUCUGUUUCCCGCGCACCCGGCACACCCGCACCAGCAUGCGUUAGACCACUUUGUCAGACCGCCACCACCUGCUGACCCGGCUGAUAUUAUGCAGACAGAAAAUAGUACACAAAUGGUGACGACGUCAGAUGCAGCCUUAAUGAACGGAGGCAUGAUGGUGCAGACUGGAGCGAUGGGGCCAACCACUGUGAUGGGUCAAAUUAUGGGAGCGCUAAAUACUGGACUCGCGGAGGAUAUCAAUAUAGAAUCGUUGGAACACAGCUUCGACUGCAACGUUGAUGAGGUCAUCAAACAUGAACUCAGUAUGGACGGCAGCCUGGACUUCAACUUCCCACAGCAGCACACAGCGAUGGCAGCGGAAGCCGAAAGCCAGUUCGCAGCACCCGCCCCCCCGGUCCCCACCACUCUUUCUGGUGGUGGCCAACGAACCCCAUACACUGUGGCGCCCUCAUGGGUCCAUUGAAUAAGACUUUAAUUGUUGCGUAGUUUGUUUUAAUAAUUAUAUGGACAAGUGUCAAUUGUUUUAGUGUUAGUAAAUGGAGGGGGCGGGACAAGAUCUUUGACUUCAGAAGGCAUAACCAAGACAUACAAAGAUGGAACGCACAAGGCUGAAGUUCGCCAAGGUUCCGGAAUAACCUUUAUCGACCAACUUCAGACACAACAUCGAAAACGUUAUUGAAAAGCCGACAACGAAAGUUCCCCCAAAAACUAAAGUGAAAAUGUGAUUAAAAAUCAACGUGAACAUAGUUAAGUUUAACCUCGCGUUAAUUUAGUUACUCAGUAAUUGUUUAUUAAAUAUAAAAUUUACAUUGUUUUAUGAUUAUUUUAAGGGCAUUUUGUUACUUUAAGUAAAGCCUUUCGAUAUGAAUUAUUAUCCAAAUUAUUUGAGAAUUUGGAGUCGUUUAAAAUCAAUUUAUGUGUAAACGGUCAAUGUGUAGUGGGUAAAAUCAAUAAUUGACAUCAAAUUCAUAAUUGUCAAACGUCAAAGGCUUGACUGCUAUUUUAUGAUAUCGCAAAGUUUAUCUAGGUUUUCUAUAUUUUGACAGUCUAUAGAUUUUGUCAUAGUGUUACCUCAAGGCCAUAUAAACCAAAAACUUAACAAUAUAAGUCAAUUUCAGUUCAUAAUUUUGGAAUAGAAAAUUUUCAUACAUUAUCGUGCAGAGAGAAAGGGUUCUACAUUUAAACGAACAUAUAUAUUUACUUUCAAGGGUUAUUAUAUUUAUAACACGUUUGACAUUUGACAGAUACGAAUUGAAAAUAAGUGCGAACUAACAUUACAUUAUGACUGUGAGUUGGCGCUUUUUUGUUCACAAUAUAAUUAUGUACAAUAAUAAAUGUAUCAUUCGUAUAAAACAAAUAAUAUUCAUUUGAGUUGAAGAAUUAAAGAUUUCUCUGUAUUUGUAAUGUUUCAAUAAUUAGUUACAUGAAACAUAAGAGAAUGUCUCUUCCAUACGCAUACGUUUAAAAAGUUUCAUAGACAAAAUACUGCGGCUUGACACAAUAACUCUACAAAGAGAAUUAUUUUUAGCUUAAGUCUAUGGCUAAAUAUGCAAUUUUUUAUAUAAUUUGUAAACAUUUUGAGUACAUUUUUAUGCGUUUUUCAUGAAGCCCAAAAGAGUAGGCAUGUUUUAAGUUUUGAUAACAGUUUUACUUUGGUUAUAUAUUGUUGAAAUCUUUAAAAAAAUAUCUGAUAAAUGUUGAUAAUAGUCAGAUCUCUAGUCCCGUUAAUUAAUAAGUUGUAAUUAAGUAUUUAGACUGACCAAAUUGGUCUUAAACCAUGGCUCAAUAAUCUAAGGUAUGUUACAUCGAAAAUGUUACCAGUCAAAAAAAUAAACCUCAAUUGUUACUCCCAGUAAAAUCCAAAUGAAUGUUAGAUUUCAUACUAAACUAAUAUUUUAGUAUCUCUAACGAGCCUCAUAUUAUUGUAGCGUGGUUUUUUAAGUACAGUACACAACAUUAUUAAUUGAUUAUGAACUAUUACUCCAUCGUAAUAGUGGUAGUAUAGGCGACUGAUUCUUACAAGAACCAAAAAAAAAUGCAAUCAAAUAACAAUUCCUACGAAUAAAAAGGUUGGUGGAAAAGGUCGGUCAAUAAUCACGAAAGCACGGCGGGAAUUCUAUGUUUAAGGCGGGAAAUAGGCUAUAUGGUAAUGACAGCUGCCGCGAUCAUCUUGGGACCUAUGAAGUUAAGAGGUUUAAUGUAAAUUACCUCACUCUAUUGUGAAUAAAUUUAGCCAAUAAGUGUUCAUUUAGAAAACUAAACUUAAGUCAAUUUUGUAUUCGCGUCAAUUCAAGCAUCAUUUUAUUUGCCAGUUUAUUAAUUAAGACAAAUUUGUUUGUUACAUUUUUUUAUAUUUAUACAUGGCUGACAUUGGUGCUAUUAACGAUAGCGCAUUUUAUUUUAAGUUACUUAUAAACCUAACGUACAAAAACGGACAAGACGCCACAUUAAGCGGUUUUUUUUAAUGUAAAUAUAUAGCAAAUUAACUAAUUCGUGGCUUUAAGUCAGGAAUGCGAUUACGGAUGUUCAACAUUGAAUCAAAGUUAAGGUAACAUUUGCCAAAAAUAGGGACGGAAUUUUAAGGUUUCAGUGUCUUGAUUACUCUUUGGAGACAUCUCAUGCGGUCAUUAGUUUUAUUUUUAUGGUUGUUGAUAUAUUAUGUAAUUAUUUGGUUAUUCGAAGGUAUAUGUCAAUACAUGUGGUCAAUUAGAUAGCACUGUUUAGGCUAGACUUAAAAUUAUAAGGUAAUUUUUGUGUUCUUUGAAAAUUCCUAAUUAGUUACCAUAUACGAUAAAUUAUUUAGAAGCUUUGAUUGUGAAUAAAUACGAUAGGCAAAAUUUUUCUAAGCGAAUUGUGAUUCGGUGCGUGUCCAAAACGCAUUGUUAAAUCAAAUUUAUCGUCAAAAGAUUUGAAAUUAUAAAAUUUGCGGCGUAUGAUAGGAAUGGAUUUAAAAAAAAAUCAAUUUAUCUCUGACAUUGGAUCGUUAUUCCCUAGUGAAAAUAGUUAGUUAAUUUGAUCGUAGAACAAGUAGGUAAAUGAGUGUAAUUGUAUUGACCAGUGUCCAAACUCAUGGUUAGCUUUUAUCUUUGAAUUUAUGACGUGCUGUCACACCAUAAUUUAUUUUGUACCAUGUUUUUAUGUAGGUAAUCUUUUUAAUUGUUUAAAUCACUUCGUUGAUUAUUUUUCCGUUUCAUUAGUUUGUAAUUUAAUGUUAAUCGUACUAAUAAGUUAGGCAAAUGUGUUUAAAUGUAAAUAUAUAGAAAACAUGUAUGUAGAAGUACAUAAAUAUUAUUUAUGUAUUAAAUUUGAUAUUGU